CAUAAUAGGCAAGAUGGCGGGACCGACGACUGACACAAACCUUGGUCCAGUCAUAAAUAUAUUAAAGUACAUGCCUGAAACAGUUAGAUUUGCAAUGUUAAGGCUUGGGAAAGAUUGUAAUGCUGAUGGCAGUUAUUCGUUCAUGGAUGCAAAGUGUAGUGUUUCAGUCAUCAGAGAUGAGAGGGAAGUGAUGAUGGUGAGAAAUUUCAACAAAGUUUUCAAACGUGGGAUUGAUCUUAUGAACGAACUUAAAAGUGGAGACAUGAACUCUUUCAAAAACAUGGAAAAAAACUACAAAGCGGCGAUAAUUGUUUUGGCCAAAUUUUUAGAAGAAAAGGAGAUACAUGAAAAAAGUCUGAACAAUGUUAUAAACAGAAAGCAGAAUGAAGGAGAUGAUUCAUGCCAAAACACUGAACUAACAGUAGCUUUAGCAGAGCAUUUACUUGGAAGACUUGCACCAAGACAGUCCUAUAUCAUUGAUUCCAGAGCUAAAAGAAACGGAAGAUGUAGCUGUGGAGAAAAGCAUUGUGUAAAAGAUCCAACAUAUGGAAGCACUGGCAUAGGUCAUGAGGAAGUUUGGCAUGGACAUGUUGAUAUCAUAUUUUCAUCACAUGAGGGCGUUGAACCAGAAAGUACUGGCUGUGCUGUUAGGCCUCUAGUAACGGAUUCUGAAACGAGAACCAAUGAUGCUGAAGAAAUGGAAGAUGAAUCUGAUGGAUUGCCAAGUGGUAACACAGUAGAUGAAGACAAACAAUCAACUAUUGGGGCCGAAGAUCAGUCUGUUGCAGAAACAAUUGUAUUUUCUUUAAUUCAAAGAAUUCACCAUACAGACCUUAAAACUCAUUUGAUACCGUAUAUUGUUAUUUCUUCUUGUGAUUUUAGGAUACUUAUGUAUGAUGCAGAUAAUGAUGUUUUCCUUUGUAGUAUGCUUCUUCCUUUACUUCAGGAUAAUUGUCUGCACAUUACAUCUGUUCUAAUUCUCUGGAUGGCUCUGCACUAUAGGAUAUUUUGCUCAGGAAUAGAUAUUGAUCCUAAAGAGAUUGACAGAGUUCAAUCUAAGUUUAGGAAUAUAGUCGGAGAGAAAUGGGAGAUUUAUUCUAAAUCAUUAAAAUUAGGUGUUGCAAAUUUUCCAGUUGUCAGUAAGAAUACUUUUCCUUCAAAUGAAGACAUAAUGUUAGGAACAGAGCUAUUUUAAGAGUUGGAUGGGGCUCAGUGUUACAGGAACUAUUUUGAGGGUUGGAUGGGGCUCAGUGUUACAGGAACUGUUUUAAGGGUUGGAUGGGGCUCAGUGUUACAGCAACUGUUUUAGGAGUUGUAUGGGGCUCAGUGUUACAGUAACUGUUUUUGGAGUGGGAUGGGGCUUAGUGUUACAGGAACUGUUUUAGGGGUUGGAUGGGGCUUAGUGUUACAGGAACUGUUUUAAGGGUUGGAUGGGGCUCAGUGUUACAGGAAUUGUUUUAAGGGUUGGAUGGGGCUUAGUGUUACAGGAACUGUUUUAAGGGUUGGAUGGGGCUCAGUGCUACAGGAACUGUUUUAGGAGUUGAAUGGGGCUCAGUGUUACAGGAACUGCUUUAGGAGUUGGAUGGGGCUCAGUGCUAGAGGAACUGUUUUAGGAGUUGGAAGGGGCUCAGUGUUACAGGAACUGUUUUUGGAGUUGGAUGGGGCUCAGUGUUACAGGAACUGUUUUAAGAGUUGGAUGGGGCUCAGUGCUAGAGGAACUGUUUUAGGAGUUGGAUGGGGCUCAGUGUUACUGGAACUGUUUUAGGAGUUGGAUGGGGCUCAGUGUUACAGGAAUUGUUUUAAGGGUUGGAUGGGGCUCAGUGUUACAGGAACUGUUUUAAGUGUUGGAUGGGGCUCAGUGCUAGAGGAACUGUUUUAGGAGUUGGAUGGGGCUCGGUGUUACAGGAACUGUUUUAAGGGUUGGAUGGGGCUUAGUGUUACAGGAACUGUUUUAGGAGUUGGAUGGGGCUCAGUCAUUCAUUGAGGGCUCCAUUUUUAGACUGUAUUGAUCUCCUUUAGAAGAAGAGCUCUGUAUAAAAAUAAAGGAAAAAGCCCAAAUUUAAUACUAAAAAUUUAUGUUUUUUUCCUUGAGUUAAAAAUAGUUUAUAGGUAUACAAAUCUUCUUUAAUUUAAGGUAGAUUUGAUGAUUUAAUUGGUGACCACCGAGCCUCUUUAAGCUUUGUUAUCUUUGCCUCUCUAUGUUUUUUCUAUGAAUUCACAUUUAAAUACGGUGUACAGUUAUUGUUGAAGUCAUUGUAUACAUUGUAUACCGUAUUAUGAAUGCAACAUUUUGUCAUCUACAAACAUUGGUACAAUAACAUAAUUAUAUGCAUUGAUUAUCAAUAUGAUGUUAUUAUUCAGUUCCAAGUUGGGCAUUUUGUCAGGUUCGAAUUGUUCUUGCUCAUUGUUAUUAGAAAAUGUAAUUUUUUAAAAACAAUAAAUUCAGCGUAUUAUAUAGAAUUUAUUGUU